CUAUUUAAACGCCCGCCCGCCCGCCGCUUCUCGCGGUACUGCAGCGGCAAUCGGAGGGUCUCGUCGUCUGUGCGGAAGCUUCGCUCCCAGUGCUACAAGAUGUCUCUCAAGGAAAAACUGAUUGCAAAUGUCCACAAAGAUGAGCAUCCCCAUGCCCACAACAAGAUUACUGUCGUUGGGGUUGGUGCUGUUGGCAUGGCUUGUGCCAUAAGCAUCUUGAUGAAGGAUCUAGCUGAUGAACUUGCCCUUGUUGAUGUUGUGGAGGAUAAGCUAAAGGGAGAGAUGUUGGACCUUCAGCAUGGUAGCCUCUUUCUCAGGACACCAAAGAUUGUCUCUGGCAAAGAUUAUGCUGUAACUGCCCACUCUAAGCUGGUCAUCAUCACUGCUGGAGCCCGCCAGCAAGAAGGCGAGUCUCGUCUUAAUCUGGUUCAGCGCAAUGUGAACAUCUUCAAAUUCAUCAUUCCUAAUGUUGUCAAGUACAGCCCUGACUGCAAGCUUCUGGUCGUCUCCAAUCCAGUGGACAUUCUGACCUAUGUUGCAUGGAAGAUUAGUGGCUUUCCAAAGCACCGUGUUAUUGGAAGUGGUUGCAAUCUGGACUCUGCCCGUUUCCGCCACUUGAUGGGUGAAAGGCUGGGGAUCCACCCUCUCAGCUGCCAUGGCUGGAUUGUUGGAGAACAUGGAGACUCCAGUGUGCCUGUCUGGAGUGGUGUGAAUGUUGCCGGUGUCUCCCUGAAAGGUUUACAUCCUGAAAUGGGGACUGACAGUGACAAGGAACAUUGGAAAGAGGUCCACAAGCAGGUGGUAGAGAGUGCUUAUGAAGUUAUCAAGCUGAAGGGAUACACCUCUUGGGCCAUUGGGCUCUCUGUGGCCGAUUUAGCUGAAACCAUAAUGAAGAAUUUAAGGAGAGUACACCCAGUUUCUACAAUGGUGAAGGGUAUGCAUGGGAUUAAGGAUGAUGUCUUCUUAAGUAUACCUUGUGUGCUGGGCUAUUCUGGCAUUACAGAUGUGGUAAAUAUGACUCUGAAGAGUGAAGAGGAAGACAAACUGAAGAAGAGUGCAGAUACACUCUGGGGGAUCCAAAAGGAACUUCAGUUUUAGUCCUGGUGUCCUUGUCACGUCACUGCUUACUAGCGUUACUUGGGUCCUAGCAAAUAGUUUUGUUGCACUUUGCAAGUAGGUCAACUCCUUUAUGAUGUGUAUGAGCUAAUACAACACACAAUACAGCUAAAAUUACACUCAAUUUUCCCAUCCAGUAGGAAACUUGCUGCUCCUGUGGUUCACAAUAUAGAGUUGCAGUCAGAACUAGAUUGUAACUUUGUCUUGCUGAGUGGUGUAAAAGAAGCCGUGAAGCAACAUUGCCGAAGGAGCCUUUCCCUGGCUAAACUUAAUCUCACUGCAGAAGAACACAAGUUGGUCUGCCAAAAACUCUAGAAAGAAACCAAAGAGUAUCUUGUAAUCAAAAAGCAUUGAAAAAUACACUGACCAGUAUUCUCUGCUGAUAGUAACUUAAAAUUUUCACUACUGAGCAGCUCUAAAUUUAUUUUUUUCCAGACACGACUGCUUUUCAGAUCUGUGUGCAAACUUUAAGAGAAGCUUCUGUAUUCUCCCAGAGUAGUUGUCUUAAAUGUAAAGUGAAGAAAACUUCUGUGUGCAACAAUUACAACUGAUGAAAUUGCCCAACUGUAGUACCUGCCCAAUGAAUAAAAUAAAACAAACCCUUGCUA